AUGACUACCCGCUCAUGGUCUAAGUCAGAGUCCAAAAACUCGCCUGUUGCAGAGGAACACGAACUGGUAGUGGGAGAAUUAGAAACACAGAAUGCAGGGUCAUCCAGAGACGCUUCCCGGUGGGAAUCGUUCAGAGACAGUUUCAAGAGAAGGGAGGUCGAGGAGCUGGACCCCAACCUCACGGAGGCCGAGAGAAUCGCUGUGACGACCGCACGGUCGCCACUAGAGCGUAGUCUGAAAACCAGACACUUGCAAAUGAUCGCCAUUGGUGGAGCUAUCGGUACGGGACUGUUUGUAGGAUCCGGGAAAGCACUUGCCACAGCAGGCCCUGCUGGAAUCUUGCUGGGAUGGGGUAUCAUGGGUGUCAUGAUUUUCGCCAUGGUUAUGGCCACAGGUGAGCUUGCUGUCACCUUCCCCGUCUCGGGCGGUUACACGACUUACGCCACCAGGUUUGUGGACGAGUCUUUCGGAUACGCAAGUAACAUGAACUACAUGAUUGCCUGGUUGGUUACCUUACCAUUGGAAAUUGUCGCAGCCUCCAUCACGGUUGACUACUGGGGCACUGACCGCAAAUACCGGGACGGUUUUGUUGCGCUCUUCUACGUUGUCAUCGUACUAAUCAACUUUUUCGGUGUCAAAGGUUAUGGUGAAGCCGAGUUUGUGUUUUCCCUCAUUAAGGUCGUUACUGUGAUCGGAUUCAUCAUUCUGGGAAUCAUCCUAAUUUGCGGUGGUGGACCGGUAGGCGGCUACAUCGGCGGAACAUACUGGCAAAAUCCUGGUGCGUUUUACGGUGAUGACUCUGGCAAAAAAUUCAAAGGUGUUUGUACAGUUUUCGUGACCGCAGCAUUCUCGUUUUCGGGCUCUGAGGUCAUUGGUUUAGCUGCGGCUGAAACUGAAAACCCAAGGAAGACCUUACCAGGAGCUGCUAAGCAGGUUUUCUGGAGAAUCACUCUAUUCUACAUCGUAUCGAUGUGCAUCAUCGGACUCCUAGUACCUUAUAACGAUGACAGAUUGUUGGGAUCUUCUUCCGUCGAUGCGUCCGCUUCUCCAUUCGUAUUGGCAAUCAAGAACCAUGGAAUCAAGGGAUUACCAAGUGUCAUCAAUGUUGUGAUUUUGAUUGCAGUUUUGUCUGUCGGUAACUCUGCCGUUUAUAUUUGUUCCAGAACUUUGACUGCUCUUGCCCAACAGGGAGCUCUACCACGCAUUUUCACUUACAUUGACAGAAAGGGAAGACCUUUGGUGAGUAUCAUCUUCACCUCCGUGUUUGGUCUUUUGUCUUUCGUUGCCCAAUCUGAUAAGCAGACCGAUAUUUUCAACUGGCUUAUGGCCUUAUGCGGAUUGUCAACGCUGUUCAACUGGGGAAACAUUUUCCUGUGCCACAUCAGAUUCCGGAGAGGUCUUUCGUACCAAAACAGAACUACUGAUGAACUUUCAUUCAAAUCUCCAGUUGGUACCAUAGGUUCCUGGAUAGGAUUUGUUAUGAUUGUGCUAAUUUUCAUUGCUCAAUUUUAUGUUGCAUUAUUCCCACCGGGAGCCAAGCCUAAUGCGAGCAACUUUUUCCAAUCUUAUCUAUCCUUUUUCAUUGUUCUGGUCAUGUAUGUGGGACACAAAAUCUACAAAAAGAACUGGAAACUGUUCAUUAGAGCCGACAAAAUUGAUAUCGAUACAGGUAGAAGAGAUGUCAACAUCGAGGAUUUGAAGAAAGAAUUGGCAGAAGAAAGAGCAAUUUUAGCCACCAAAUCUUUUUGGUACCGCUCGUACAAAUUCUGGUGCUAG